UCUGAUCUACGUCGUCACGUCGCUGGGCCGCGUGACCUGUGUGGCUGACAAACUGAACCGGGUAGAAAAGCACAUCGUCCAACUCCGUUGUUUCCAUAAAAUUACAGUUGAGCCAGAAAAUGCCGAGGAAAACGAACGAGGAAACAGAGUGGGUGGGCGAUGACGUAGCAGCAGCUGAAAAAACUGUGAAAAAGGGGAAGAAAGAUAAAAAGGGGAAAAAGAGUUUCUUUGAGGAACUCUCCACGGAUGGCAUACCUGAAAAGGUACAUGAGGUGGCUGUAAAAGAAACUCAGGGAAAACAGAAAAAGAAGAAAGACAGACGGAAAGGAAAAGGUGGAGACGCAGAUGAGGAUGAUGAUGAAACCAAUGUCAUGCUGAAGCUGAAAAAGCUCUCGGUGCAAGCAAGUGACGAGGACGAUGAGCCAGUUAGUGCCACCAGUAAAGAAAACAAGAGGAAAAAGGGUGGAAACAUCUUUGCUGCUCUCAGCCAGGGCCAGAGUGAUGAGGAUGCUGAUAUGGACGAAGAUGAACCAGAAAAAAAGGCUAUAUCUGAUGAGGACGACGAGGCGGUGAAGGACAAUGCUGAAGAGAAAACUAUAAGGAAGACAGAAGCCAAAUCUGAGUCACCACAAAAUGAUAAGGAUGAGAAGCCAAACAAGGGGAAGAAAGAACAACAAAAUAAAAGAAAAGAUGCUGAGCAAUCACCCAGUGAGCGUGAAGAGGAAGAGGAGGAGGAGGAUAGUGACAGAGGUGACAUGAUGAUGAGUGCUGAGGAUGUCAUCGCAGAACAGGCCAAGCAGGAGGGGGACGACCCAUAUGCUAACCUUAGUAAAAAGGAGAAAAAGAAGAAAAAGAAACAGAUGGAGUAUGAGCGUCAGGUGGCCAGUGUUCGGGCUCAGAAUGCCUUGGAGGGAGAUUUCUCCAUUUCCCAGGCGGAGAUGUCUUCCAGACAGGCUAUGCUGGAGAAUGCCUCUGAUAUUAAGCUCGAGAGAUUCAGCAUAUCUGCACAUGGCAAGGAGCUUUUCGUCAAUGCUGACCUUCUGAUUGUAGCAGGAAGAAGAUAUGGUUUGGUUGGACCAAAUGGCAAAGGAAAGACCACAUUACUGAAACACAUAGCCAACAGAGCUCUCAGUAUUCCCCCCAACAUUGAUGUGCUACUGUGUGAACAGGAGGUGGUAGCUGAUGACACGCCGGCUGUGCAGGCGGUGCUGAAAGCAGACACCCGCCGCCUGAAGCUUCUGCAGGAGGAGAAGCAGCUCCAGGCUCGUUUGGAGAGGGGAGAGGACAGUGUGGCUCAGAGGCUGGAAAAGGUCUAUGAAGAGCUGAGAGUGAUAGGAGCAGCAGCAGCUGAGGCCAAAGCAAGACGGAUUCUGGCUGGUCUGUCAUUUACCCCUGAGAUGCAGAACAGACCCACCAAGAGGUUCUCCGGAGGCUGGAGAAUGAGAGUCUCCCUUGCCAGAGCUCUGUUCAUGGAACCCACACUUCUGAUGCUGGAUGAACCCACAAACCACCUGGACCUGAAUGCUGUCAUCUGGCUCAACAACUACCUUCAGGGCUGGAAGAAGACUCUACUCAUAGUUUCCCACGACCAGAGUUUCCUUGACGAUGUGUGUACGGAUAUCAUCCACUUAGACAACCAGAAACUCUACUAUUACAGAGGAAACUACCUGACUUUCAAGAAGAUGUAUGUGCAGAAGCAGAAAGAACUGCAGAAGCAAUAUGACAAGCAGGAGAAGAAACUCAAAGAGCUGAAGGCUGGUGGCAAGUCCACCAAACAGGCUGAGAAACAAACUAAGGACGUCCUGACCAGAAAGCAGCAAAAAGGCAAGAAGAAAGGAGGUCAGGAGGAGGAGAGCCAGGAGGCCACGGAGCUACUGAAGAGGCCAAAAGAAUACACUGUCAAGUUUACUUUCCCGAACCCACCACCUCUCUCACCACCCAUACUGGGACUACACAGUGUUCACUUUGGAUACGAGAGUCAGAAGCCUUUAUUCAAAAACGUGGACUUUGGAAUUGACAUGGACUCCAGGAUUUGUAUAGUAGGACCCAAUGGUGUUGGGAAGAGUACCCUGCUGCUGCUCCUCACUGGGAAACUCAAUCCUACUAAAGGUGAGAUGAGGAAGAAUCAUCGUCUGAAAGUGGGCUUCUUCAACCAGCAGUAUGCUGAUCAGUUAAACAUGGAGGAGGUGGCGACCGAGUACCUAAUGAGGAACUUCAACCUUCCUUAUCAGGACAGCAGGAAGUGCCUGGGGCGUUUUGGCCUGGAGAGCCACGCCCACACCAUUCAGAUCUCCAAACUCUCCGGUGGUCAGAAAGCCAGAGUCGUGUUUGCGGAAUUAUCUUGUCGUCAGCCUGAUGUACUGAUCCUGGAUGAACCAACCAACAAUUUGGACAUUGAGUCCAUUGAUGCCUUAUCAGAGGCCAUCAAUGAAUAUAAAGGAGCUGUGAUCAUUGUGAGUCAUGACGCGCGGCUCAUCACAGAGACUCAGUGCCAACUGUGGGUGGUGGAGGACAGCACGGUUAACCAGAUCGACGGAGACUUCGAUGACUACAAGCGGGAGGUGUUGGAGUCCCUCGGAGAGACCAUGGUUAACAAGGUCAACCCGUGAUCACACAGGACACACUGCUGUGCUACAUCUGGACCAGUCCCCGUGGAUUUGUGGGGAGUGUAUAUUCCCUUUUGAACUGUAACAUCUUGUAACGGGCUGUUAAUCUAACAUGAAAAUAUACGCUGAGAAAAAUGUCUUUAAUGGUGUUAAAGAUCUCAAGUUAAACAAUAAAAUGAAUACAUUUUUCACCA